CGUCCUCCUAUCACUGUGGUGAAGAAUUUCCUUACCAGGUUGGGUCUUGCAGGGGGAUUUACGGUGGGGGAGCUUAACCAGAAUUCCAUCCUCAUCAACUUUGAGAAGGAUGAGGACUACUAGCGUUUCUUCUUCCGUAAAUCCUGGACUCUUGGUAAGGAUAUCAUGAUUGUCACAAAAUGGUCUCCCAACCUGAAACCAGCAGAGGACUCCCCUAUAGUCCCGGUUUGGAUCACCAUCCCCAACCUUCCUAUUCAUCUCCAUGAUCAAAAAGCCUUGUUCUCAAUUACCUCCGCCCUCGGUAAGCCUUUGAAAGUGGAUCAUGCUACGCUGAAUUUCUCCCGACCUCAUGCAGCUAGGGUUUGCAUUGAACUCGACGUCUCUAAAACCCUUCAUCAGCGGAUUCAUAUCAAACAUGUGGAGGAAGAUCUUUUCUUCCAGGUGAUUUAUGAAGAUCCCCCUCCUUUUUGCUCAUCAUGUUUAAAGCUUGGUCAUCAUCUCUCUUCUUGCAAACCGGAAAAACUUCCGGCCAAGUUGCCGGAUUCCCUUCCGGGAAAAGACAAGAAGGAUGAACAUGAUUGGACUACGGUGCAGAGGAAAGGGAAGAGCCAACAAGUGCAAUCCAAGGAGAAAUGGGUCCCUAAACCCACUUCUUCACAGCCUUAUAGAGGAAAAAACUUUGCUUUUAUGUUGGGUUAUAAUGGUUUCUAUUCGGUUGCCAAUAAUAAAAUCUGGUUCCUUUGGGACCAGUCUAAUUUCAGCCUUGUUGACAUGAGUGAUUUUGCCCAAAUUGUCCACUUCACCUUGCAGGACAAACACAACAACUCCUUUUCUAUUAUUAGCACUGUUUAUGGCUCCCAUAGUGCAAAGGAGAGGACAGCUCUUUGGGACAACAUUGCAUCGUUCAAUAACCUCAACCAUCACCCUUGGUGUCUUGGAGGGGAUUUUAACUGCAUUUCAGACUCUCUCCAUCACAAAGGAGCAAGAUUGCCUGACUUGGGAGCAAUUUCUGACUUCAGUAAUUGCAUCACUAACUGCAACCUUCAGGAAUGCAGCUUCACUGGACCUCACUUCACUUGGCAUGGUUCUAGGAGCAAUGGUAAUGUUUGGAGACGUUUGGAUAGAGUUUUUUAUAAUGCAGAAUGGGGGGAACACUGGGAAUCAAUCUCUAUGCAUCAUCUAGCUAAAGGAGGCAGUGACCACUGCCCUAUCCUUUUCUCCUCUAAGCAAGGAUGUGGACAAGGACCCAAAUCUUUUAGAUUUCAGAAUAUGUGGUUACUCAGGAAGGAUUUCCUACAGGUUUGCAAAGAUACUUGGGAGGAAAUGCCUUACUUUGGGGGUAUGCGUUGUCUUUUCUCUAAACUUCAACACCUCAAAGGAAAGCUCUCCUCCUGGAACAAGGAACACUUUGGUAAUAUUUUUGAUCUGCUCAAGGAGGCAGAGGCUGAAGCUAUUAAGGGGGAGAAACUCUUUGAAGACAACCCAACAACUGAAAAUAGAUCUAUCCUUAACCAAAAAAGGGCCAUCUUAGCAGAUUUGUCCAAUAGAGAAUUCAUUUUCUGGAAGCAAAAAUGCAACCUUAAGUGGCUGCAGGAGGGUGAUGCAAAUACUAAAUUCUUUCACAAUUUGGCCAAAGCAAAGAGAAGCCAGCAGAGGAUAUCCCUUUUCAAAGAUGACAGAGCUAAAUGCCCUAAAAAUUUCAGAGUUGCUGAUGAAUGGUUGGAAAAUAAAGGCUUACUCCCUCGAUUUCUCAACCACCCAAAGCCCAGAAUGGUAAAAUGGUUAGCUCCACCCAAAGGCAGACUGAAAAUCAACAUAGAUGCUUCCUUCAACAUGACGUCAUCUCGUGGUGCUGCUAUUAUUCGAAAUGAAGAAGGCAGUUUCGUUAGAGCAGCUUCCUUCCAAGUUAGUGCUCAAACACCAUAUCAAGCAGAGCUGGCAGCUUCAAUAAAAGGUCUCACUUGGGCAUUGCAAUUCCAUGCACAUCUCAUCUAUGAAACAGAUGCCAAAGAGAUAACUUUACGGCUGAACAGAUACGUUCAUCAUCGUUCCUCUCCUUUCCCUAUUGACACUCUGGGGUCUCUCAUUCAUGAUAACAACAUCUGGAUCCUCCCCAAAAUUACUUUAAUCUCCUCCGACUUGCCUUUUCCACAAGUCCUCAACUAUGAGUUCGUCAACAGGCCAAUCUUCAUAGCUUUCAUCAGGCAGGUACCUGCGAAUGGUGAAGGGAAUCUUCCUUUCACGUAGCUCUUUCAUCGCAAUCUCAAGAGGAUCACUUUCGCCUUCCAAGUCCACCAUCACAGGAGCAUUCAUGCUGAUCUGAAGAGCACGAGUGCCUAGAAUUCUUGCUCUCUCAUAUUUUGUCAUGUACUUCGAUGUUUUCCGGGGCUUUUCCACGGGAGCCUCUUCAGUU